UCUGGGCUUUUCUAGUUAUCGCCUGUUUUCAGAUAUUUCUGCAAAAAAUCGGUGCUUGGGAUUGUUCCCAUUUACCGAUUUCUUCUCAGAUUUUGUCUUCUUCUUCCUCUUGCACCCCAUUGAUAAUCUCACAGCUCUCUCUCUCUCUCUCUGUGCUUGAGCUGUGAUUGAAACGGUGAACAACAUGGCGGUGACAUCUGCGUCAAUCUUCACUCCCGCAACGAAUUCAUUCUCGGCUGCAAGCGUGGUCUCUGGCAGGAAAGAAGCUCCAUCAAGCUCGAACGCUCUUGUUAGCGGUUUUCUUGGUGCUUUGGUGAAAAGGAACUUAGAGAAGUGUAAAGUUGUCAAGGUAGAUACUAAAGUCAGGGCCGCCGCAGCCGUCUCAACGUCUCCGGUCGAAGAAAUCAAAGAGUAUGCACUUCCCUCAUGGGCGAUGUUCGAACUUGGGAGGUCUCCAGUAUACUGGAAAACGAUGAAUGGUCUUCCUCCUGCAUCGGGAGAGAAGCUGAAGAUUUUCUACAAUCCAGUCGCCACAAAGCUUGCUCCAAGUGAUGAAUUUGGGAUUGCUUUUAAUGGGGGUUUCAAUCAGCCUAUAAUGUGCGGUGGCGAGCCAAGGGCGAUGCUGAGGAAAGAUCGUGGCAAAGCUGAUUCUCCAAUUUACACCAUCCAGAUCUGCGUUCCCAAGCACGCGAUGAACUUGAUCUUCUCAUUCACAAACGGAGUCGACUGGGACGGCCCUUACAAACUGCAGUUUCAAGUUCCCAAGGCUUGGAGAAACAAACCAAUUGACUUCUUCAAUGAGGGCCUUGCGGACGAUUUGAGCAAAGAAGGCGCGUGCGAAGAGGCCAUCUUUCCGGACACAAACAUUUUAAUCACGAGAUGCACUAUGAUCGCUAACUUGUCUGUCGAAGGGGGUGACCGCUGCAAUCUAGAUCUGGUACCUGGAUGCAUGGACACUACUUCCGAGCUAUACAAUCCACUCGCCAACGUCGACGACGGUUCGUGCACGUUAUAUCCUGAUUCCGAAAGCGAGAACUGAGCACCGAACGACGUGCAUUCUCUCUGUGUAUUUUCAAAGAGCGUCCGAAACGACAGCAGCUGCGUGCGGCAAAAAUUUCUUCCCUCUCGAAAUAGAGCGGAUGCAGUUUGCCGCAUCGCCUCUUGCAUCAGGGCAUUUGCAACUGCAGCAGCAAGUGAUGAACCAGCAUUGGCCCUGAUUGUUAUGUACUUGAAAACUAGGAAAGACGCCUAGGAAUUGAGUAAAAUAUUGAAGCAUUUUGUGAAUGUGGUCUUCCAAUAUACUGAUUCAAAACACUGCAUGAUUUAAUAAAGCUAACCUUCAGCUUACCUCCUCUA